GGCGUCGCGUCGCUCCGUCAGCCGGACAGGUGCGAGAGUAAUUGACACGAGGACGAGGUGAAGACGUGCCAGAAGGGGGAGAAGAGAAGUAGGGACUUGGAGCGAGCGGACUUGUUGUUCUCGGGGAAAAUCGAUCGAGGGCGGUAAUGCGAAAUAAAGUCGAGAGGAGUCGGACAGAGGUACCUGGAAAUCACAAAUAAACAUUCAGGUGAACAGGAGUGUCGAGGGAGAGUAUCGGAUGGACGUGGAUCGCGAUAGUUAAUUAUUGAAGAGGAUGCAGUGACAGGCAACUGGAGUGACAUUUAACGCGCGACGAAGAGACGGAUAUAAGAGCGACGGAGAGAAAGUGAGAGACGGUUCCUCGAUCGUACUAAGAGCGACCGAGAGGAAAAGAGAAAGCAGACGACGGGUGGGCCCGAAACAGAUCUCCACGUGACACGGACAGAGGCUCGCCGGCCGCGGCGAGAGAUCGGUGCGAUCGACAGCGGAAGCGUUGUGCGCGAGUGUGACACAUUCGGUUGCAUCCCCGCUUCGCCCUCUUUACUCUUCUUCUUCUUUUUUUUUCGUUUCGUUCCUCUCGUUUCCUCUCCUCGGCUAUUCCGUGAGAAAGUGCGGGCCUGACGUUCGCCGCGAGGGAGAGGAGCAGGCGAAUCACUCCGGGAUCAACUGCGGAGAGAGAAAUAUCGCGGCGAGCGAGAGAGGGAGAGGGAGGAGGCAGGAAGACCCCCGCAACAAACGCGCGCGAGGAGACGCGAUAAAUUGAUAUUGCUUUAUCGGAUAUCAGCGGCAACGGCGAGUGGGGGCAACGGAUCUGCGCUUCCCCGGGCGGAUCCGCGAGCGUGAGACUGAUCCGAUGCUCCCGAGAACGAGGGACAGGUGACGAGCAAAAUCCAGACGAGCGUCCCGAGGUAUCUUUCCCGAACUCCGUCAAGAGGCUUCAGUCGGAAGCGCGAGGACGAAACGAUGUUGAGUCUACAGCGAAGGCACUCCCGGUGGAGAAUGUUCUCCGUCUUACUAUUUCUCGGACUGAUCUGCAACGGCGAGCUGGCGCCCAUACGUGUACCUGAAGAGACGUCGUCGGCAUCGACACCCAAGAAGAAGAGCAUUGGUUCUCUGAUCAGUGGCGAUCACUGGCAAGCGUGGAUCCUGGUGGACACGGAGAACGGCUUCCAACUCGGCUCGGACUCCGCCACUCUUUUCCGAAGGAUAACGCCGAAGAGCGUGUUCAUCGCGCCGAACUUACCCGCCUGCGCGGAGGGUUAUCAGGCGGACAAGAUGGGCAGGUGCGUGAAGAGCAUAAGCAUUAACGAGACCGCGCACAACGACUUUAUCCUGGAACGGCUGAAACUUAUGUUCGGUAAUUUCCCAGCCACCAAGAACGAACAGAAAAAGUCAACCGGUCCCCUGCAGCUUAAUAUCCCUCUGGUGUCCAACGUUAAUCGUCAGUCGACAGACGUCGAGCUCGACGAAACCUUCUCGACAAAGGUUUCGCCGACCGCGCCGCCGACUCGUAACAAAACCUACUUCGCGGGACACGAAGAGAAGACGCAGCUGCACGAGAUAAAUCUGUACGAGGUGAAGAACGACACGACCCUGGACGAGGAGGAGUCGACAUUUCUCCUUGGCAAUUCCAAUGUCGAUGACGCUGAGAAGGUCGAUCGGAAACUUCCAGCGACAGUUCCGAUCGCGGAAUUGACCGAGGAGACGGACGAUACGAAUUUCUCGGAAGUAGUGGACUACAAGAUUCCAACGGACCCGAAGAUACUGCGUAACUCCUUGAGCAUGAAACGAGUCAACGUGAGUGACGUUACAGAAGAGAGCGUUACGAUGGUGGAGAAGCGGGAGAACUCCACUAAAACGCCCGCGCUGGUGCUGCUGAUCUCGCCGACAAAAUUUACAAACGUGGUAGACGCUCUGUUGGCACAAAACGACACCGUCGAGCAAACCGCGCCGAUGUCCAACUUCACCUUGAACACUACCACGAAGGAGAACAUCACCUUCGGAGCACCGGACCCCACCGCGCUUCCACCCGCGAAACAACUGACGUCAGUCUCGCUGGAUGAGCAACGAGAUAACGAGACGUUCGCGGAGGACGAGUUGACGCCGGAGCCGACUUUCAGGCCGAACGAGUCGCAGGAAGCGGACGACUUCACCUACGACGAGGAAGAGGACGACGCGCUUGAUCGAUACACGACGGACGUGCCGGACGAUGAAGACUCGACCGAAGGCGAGGAGAUCCUGAGGCACGGUGAGGCCGGUCCGGUUAUUACCGGAUUACUACCCUUAACGAUGGCCGGUCCGGUUGUUACCGGACGAAUAUCCUUAACGACUCCCACGCGAGACGAUCGCCAUCACCAUCAAGAGCAACGAAAUCGAACCGCAGAUCUUCUAGAGAAAAAGAUCGAUGAGGAGGAUCAUGCCAUGAAUCGGUUUAACGAUUCCGCGCCUAUGGAGGACAAAGACGAGGCGGGGAGUAAUGUCUCCAGCGAAGUCAGCAUUGACGGUGGCACCAUUAGGGAAACAACGCUGCUGGAUAUGAACACCGAGAGACUGCAAGUCACUACGCAGUCGCCAGACGUGACGGAAAAAGUCGUGACGAACAGCGAGGACGAUUCCACAGAAUCGCUCGGCAAGAAUCCCGAUAUCGUACCGGAAGUCGUGUUCUCCCAAGACGCUCACAGCGCAGCGUCCACCAAUUCGCGCGGACGCGAGCGAGCCGAGCAGCUCUCUACGAGGGUCAAGAAUGAAAGGAACGAGGAACUGGAAGCUGCGCCCUCCUCGUCCGAGUCGCUGUCGUAUUCGCCGGAGGAAGACCCGACAACUGAGACUCACGCGAUCAACGAGAGACAAUCGAGCGUCAAAGAGAGUGAGCUGCAAAAAAGCUCGAAAAACUUUCAUUCAAACGUUCCAGAGACCAAACGGACUACGACGAACCUCCACUCGACUGAGGGUUCAGUGAGAUUUCCCAACUACGUGAGGCACGCACAGCCAAGUAGUUACGUGAGGUUCCUGUCCAGCGAAGUCAACAGCAUACACAGUCUGAAUUACAAGAAGAACUCGCGUCCCACAGACAACGUCAGCCAUUACGGCGGCACCAGCACCAAGAGCAGCGUACCCGUCCGUCAGAAACCAGUUUACCAUCCGACGGCGUCAAGCUGGAAGCCGAAUCGAACGCAACCCGAUCACAGCCAGACGACGACCAGCGAGAGGCAGAAUCUUUGGCGUUUCUGGAAUCAGAUGCCGCUGAUCAGGGAUUCGGCUAUCUAUCCUUCCUAUCAGAACGACGAGACGACCGACGACGAUGACGAUGACGACGACGACGACGACGACGACGACGAUAACGAUGACGACGACCAGAAGUGGUUCCACGACCGAGUUUUCCGGGGGCGAUCGUCGCGGAGAUUAAGCACCUCUGCGGAGACGUCGCUGGGGAACAGGGUGCGAACACCGAAGCAAAGGACGCCAGUCGGCGUGUAAUUGUCUUCACGGCACUUUUCUUUUUGAGAGAAAGGUCUAAUGGACUCUGUUUGGAACUGUGUCAAAUGUGACUCGAAAAGAAUCUGAAAUUACGUCACGGUGGUUUUCGCGGAUCGUUCGCCGCGAUUGUUCGCUACCGUAUGAGGACUUUGAAGAAAUAAGAUCGACGAGGGGGUCUGUUGACGGAAGAUAUAUUCCGCGGCAAUCCGUUGGAGAAGUUGAAGAGUCGGUACCACGUGUAUCGCGCCUAGUAUUUUUUUGCUCAGCGAAUAUGUUGCGAAUCGUUGAACGAUCUCAGGAGGAGUGAUCUGAAAUCUAAGUAUCUUCCCCGGUACUGCCUUCCCGAUUCUUGUGUGAGAAGAAAAAUUGGACUCGGCAGAGGGAAAUUUAAAAGCGUACUUAGACAUUUACGUAUUAGGUUUGCGUCACAUCGUGUUGGCGAUUAAACUCGUAAUCGGGAAAAUCUCUUAGUGGAAAAUCUCACGAAGAAUGCGUCUUGAUAUCUAUGCUACGCAGUUAAUAGUGAUAAGCAUUGGAUAAAGAAAUUAGCAACGGAAGUAGCAAGUAGGUGGCGCAAAACAUUUGCGCGAUCGACGACGAAUUUUGCAGCGUUAAUGAGACGUGCGGCUUUCUACGGAAAGUUCAAACUGCAUCGUGCAUUUCAAAAUAAAGUCACCGAUGAGUCGCUAAGCGUCUUUUGCAAACUCGUUGUAUCUGGCGAAAUAUUAAAUUACAUUUUUAAAAAUGCCUGGUUCUUUCGAACGAUAAAGUCGAUCAACGGGAUCGAUUUGUUCGUACUGAUAUUAAUUAGGCUAAUAUUUACGAAACAAACAAGCGAAAGUUGAGAUUUUCUACGGUACCAGAAUACGCUAAAGUAGAAGAAACACUGCCCGAAAUAACUUUAAAAUUUUUUUACGAAUAAUUUUUUUACAUUUUUUCGACUGUAGAAAUUUAAUGAUCCGCAUUUUCGUCACGUAUUUGAUUUCACGUACGAUGUCCGGAUCUUUAUAUUUUUAACUAUCAAUGUAAUUUUAAUAAUAUAAUUCUGUAAUUAAAUUUUAUCAAUAACGACUCCAUUUAAUUUGGUAAUUCUAUUUUAAUAUGAAAGAACGAUUUAGUAAAACAAUGACAAAACAAUCGUAUUGAAUACUAAAUACGCGACGAGAAUGCGGAAAAGUGCGAGUAGAUUUUUAAUAUUAAAUAUAUCGCUGAUUAGGCUAUCGCAUGAUGAAAUAGUCAUUGAUUCAGCCAAGUGUCGUGCGAGAGAUCGUUGAUGAAUCUUUAUUCUCUGUACAGCAGAGAAAUAGUUAUUAGACUCGUCAGUGUUAACACUAAUUUUUCGAGGUAAGAGUAUAUGAACGGCGUUUACGAGCUCGCGAGCGAUAUGUCGAGCUCAUUUACUAACGGAAGUGUUAUUGAAGCACAGACUGAUCUUUAUAGUUAUUAUAGAGUAGUCGAUUAUUUGGUCGUACGAAAUUUUGAGAAUCGUGUUGCUCUCUUCAGUAAAAAAAAAGAAGAUACAUCGUGCAGCAUCAAUUUCACGCUCGUCGUUGUAGGAUUUUACAGAGAAGGAUGUGCGAAUCACUUCGGUUACACGACCUUUUAUACAUUCUUAAAUAACUCGAUUUUAUAAACGACAAGCGCAAACGUUAGACAUCCUUUUGCAGAUUAAUCACGAAUUACACCUACAUUAGCCAGCCCACAGCGUAGAAUAAGUGUUUUCGGUGUGACUUAAUCGAUCGUUGUUUCGACAGUUUCAAAAGUGAUUUCGCUCGGUACAGCCGAGAAAUUGGAAGUCAAAAAGUCCCGAUGAACCGCCGUGUUCACCUUGCCUUUAUCCACAAGGCAAGAUAAUUGCAUUUUGACUGCAUUAUCGUCACCGCUAUAAUAAACGCUCCGGCUGCAAUGGGACACGCAAGAAUAUUUAAAGCUAUUAUUUAUUAACAUUAAUAAUAUACUUGUAUAACAUAGAAUACUCGUUGAUUCUGAUCAAUGCGCAAGUUAUUUUUUUAUUAGAUCCAGACGUACAUCAGGCAAUUAAUUUAGAAUCAUUUGCUUAUCUUAUCAGACUCCCGAAAAUAUUUUGGCUUUCUUUUCCUUAUGAUCAAAGAGUUUGAAAAACAUAGGAAAUAUAAUACUUAUAAUAGAUGUAGACAUAAUUAAGCGGCAUUCUAUUCAAAUAAUAUUUAUGCUAUCAGUACUUGUAUAAUAAAAUUCUCUCGGAAUUGGUUUCUUCGAUUUCAAUCAGUUGCGUACAAUCUGUAAAGCCUAAUCCACAACGCGCUUUUCGCGACUGGAAAUAUUCCAUCUUGUACAAGCAGAUCAAUACGUUUAAAAAAUGUAUCGGCAACGUACGAUUGUACAAUGUACAAUGUACAAUUUACCAACUUGC